CCUCUCAGCUCCAUACAUUGAAAAGAGAAUAAACAGCCCGUGCGCCUGUGCACUCCGCGGUGCAGUCUCUGUCUGGGAGCGUCUACGGGCCGCCGAUCAUGCCCGCGGGUGUGCCCCUGGGCACCUACCUGAAAAUGUUCGCAGCCAGCCUCCUGUCCAUGUGCGCGGGGGCCGAAGUGGUGCACAGGUAUUACCGGCCCGACCUGACGAUACCUGAAAAUCCACCAAAGCCUGGAGAACUCAAAACAGAGCUUUUGGGACUGAAAGAGAGACAACACCAACCUCAGCUUUCUCAGCAGUAGAAAUGAAAUACAAGAUAUCAUGCCAAGAUGUCUGUGAAUAGUAUUUUAAAUAUGUGUACAUAUAUUUUAAAUAUGUAUGUUAAAAAGUUGAUUGAGUCAGACUGUGUGUUCUUACGCAUUUCAUCCAAUGCUGAGUGUAAGAGGAGGUGCUCAGGGCCAGGCUCAGUGGCUUAUGCCUGUAAUCCUAGGACUGUGGGAGGCCGAGGCGGGUGGAUUGCCUGAGUUCACAGGUUCGAGACCAGCCUGAGCCAGAGUGAGACUUCGUCUCUAAAAAUAGCUGGGCGUAGGACGGCACCUGUGGCUCAAAGGAGUAGGGCGCUGGCCCCCCAUAUGCUGGAGGUGGCCGGUUCAAACCCAGCCCUGGCCAAAAACUGCAAAAAAAAAAAAAAUAGCUGGGCAUUGUGGUGGGUGCCUAUAGUCCCAGCUCCUUGGGAGUCUGAAGCAAAAGAAUGGCUUGAGCCCAAGAGUGUGAGGUUGCUGUGAGCUAUGACUUCAUGGCACUAUACCAAGGGCAACGAAGUGAGACUGUCUCCCCCCCCCAAAAGAGGAGGUGCUCAGUACAUUGAAAUUUAAUAAUGUUUUGACCAGUAUUUCUUGAAAACUGCCAAAGUGCUUGUCAUCUGUUUCUUAAAUGUGACUUGGAAGAUACUUAGUCUUGAAUAUCAUAUGAGACACAACAUUUGCAAGGGUACCCUGUGGGUUGUCUU